AUUUUGACAAGGUCCAGGCGUCAACACGAUGGCAGUCCAGGGACCCGUGGGUGCAACGAACGGCGAUGAAAGUUCCUUGGCGAUGCUUCCCGACCGCGUCUCAGUCGACUUUAAUGCGCCCAAGACUGUCGAGAUUGGCGAGAGACCAGCAGAUAAACAACAAACCGGCGGGGAUGUGGACGUCGUGAACGGAACCUUCCGCGAUGCCGUGACUAUCUAUGACGAUGAAAAGCAAGCGAUCCUGUCGUUCCUAACCUACAUUCACGACAAGCCGCAUGAUGUGGCAGCGUGGUCAUUGGAGACGUCGUCGCGACGGCGAAGGCAAGCUGCGUCAUCCGCACGAAAGAAUUGCCGCCCGCCCACAUUUCAUCCGCAUCCCAACUCCAUGUCUCCAGUGUCGCCGACGACCUCGUCGUCGGCACCAAGUUUGCUUGACGGGCUCUACGGCCACAAACGCAAAUUGGGCGUGGAGAACCUCCACGACUCGGACAGCAGCAGCAACGAUGGCCACACCUCCCUCUCGCACACGAAAAGGUUGAAAAUGGAGCGAUCUCCGUCGACUUGUUGCAUUUGCCACAACGACAGCCCUCACGUGUCGCCCACCACCACGAUCGACUUCCACGACAUGAUUGCAUGCAACAAUAAGUUGUGUCGAGACCCGACAAACUGGUAUCAUUCUUCGUGCGUGGGACUGCUCGCCCCACCGGACACGACUUGGCACUGUCCGAACUGCACACGUGAUACCAAGGGUGACAUCCUCCCCGAGAACUUGUUUCGCAAGCCAGCGCUGAGCAUCACCUACGGCGACAUGAUCGCGGCAGCGCUUCGCGCGACUGCGUGUGGCGAAGGCACAUUCAAAGAAAUUUGCGAGUUCAUCGAGCGUCGAUAUGAGAGCCAACUGAACUGGAAGCUUGAGAGCGAUCAGCGCAAGUCGCCCGUGUGGAAGUCAUCCGUUCGCAAGAUUCUGUUUUCCAACAACCGGUUCGCCCGCCACCCAUCGUUGAAAGGCGUGUUUUGUCUCGUGGUCCAACCACCGGCAACGCCGUCCCCAUUACCAGCGUGAAGUCGUUCCCGGGCCGUUGAGUCCGUAACUAGUGUAUUUUAUAGUUUUUCCGUCUAGAUGUGCCG